AUACGUGGAAGAAGAGUACAGAGAUACACAAAAUGUGAUUUUAAGAAAAAACAUUUCCUGGAUACACAAAUUGCUAUCCAUUUGUUCUACAUCAAGGGGUCAACAGUGCUACAGGAUUCUGACCUUUGUAGAUUUAAAUUGUUUUAAAUUAAAACUAGAUAUGUUAAUAAUUUACUGUAAACUAUACUGAUACUAUGCACAUUUGUUUAAGUAUAGCUCUAAUUAGCUUCAGUCAUAUAAUGUUGGCUUGCAGCAUUAUACUAUCGCUUUAAAGAAUAUGUGGUAGGUUUUUGUCACUGAGUGAUCCAUGGUUGUUACUCGGCUUUAAUUGUUACAGCAGAUGAUGGCUAGAUUGUAGAUUAUUACAGUUGAUGAUGACUAGAUUGUAGAUUGCCGUAAGACGAUUAGAAGUUUUACAAUGUGAAUUGUCAAAUUCCCUUUAAAAUGCAAAUGUAUUAAGUUUUCACAUGGGUAGCAAGCUUAGAGCAAAUCUACGUAACUAGAGCUGCCCUAAUAAAUUAGCCACCAAAACUGAAGCGCCCUUUGGUAUGGGGGCGGUACGUCAGAUAGUCCAUCAAGAUUGCAAAUCAGCUUGUCACAGGAAAGGUCAGAUAAACUGACAUUUUGUGUGGCAAACGUUUAAACAAAAAAAAAACAGACGCGGAACAACAUCAUGCAGAAAAAAGUUAACAUGUUCAGUUCAUGUCACAGCGGAGUCUGUUUAACCCUCUUUGGUACAAAGGUUGUAGAAUCCACAAAGCGACAGAUCACAUCCACGACGGCCUUAAAGUGACUGGUGUGUACCCGAGAAACAGGCGACGGAUACCUGAAGUGACAGCACUAUGGAUCUUUUAGAUGUCUGGAACCACAUCGAUGUCCGCGCAGCCCUCAUUGGUUUCGUGUUGUUCGUAUUCCUCUUCUGGGUUUUGCGCCGCCCAAGAAACCUUCCUCCAGGCCCCUGGGGCUGGCCUCUGCUGGGUUACUUACCACAACUUGCAAGGACAAAAGGACCAAUCCACGAGGCCUUAGUAGAACUGUCCCACAAAUAUGGAAGCGUCGUGAGCUUCUCGGUGGCCAAUCAGCUUGUCGUUCUACUGCAAGAUUAUGACGUCAUGAAAGAAGCAUUUGCCCAGUAUGAGUUAAGUGGACGGCCACGAUUCGAGAUCAGUCAGAUAACUCUACCAGGUUACGGUGUCCUGUCUGCCUCUGGUCAGCCUUGGGUUGAGCUCCGUCGGUUCGCAGUGAAAACCCUCAGGAGUCUUGGAGUGGGCAAGUCAAGCUUUGAGGAGCACAUCACCACGGAAAUCAAGUAUCUAAUGGAGGAAAUCCGCAAAACAAAUGGAAAGACUCUAAACCCCAGACACGUGGUGGAAAACGCCGUGUCCAAUGUCAUCUGUUCUGUAGUCUUCGGGAGACGGUUCGAGUACACAGACUCAAGAUUUAAGCGGCUCUUGGAGAUCCUGAACGAACUGUUUGAGCUGAUUGGAGCUGGCGGUGUUAUCCAGUUUGUACCCAUAUUUGCCAAGAUGCGGUUCCUUCCUUUGGUAAAACAACUCAUACACACCAACUUGAGUUUCGACGAGGUUCUGUAUCAACUGCUCUACAAUAGGAAUGGCCAACAAGGAGAUGUGGACUUCAACGAGAAUCCGCGAGAUUUCGCGGGUGCUUUUAUCAAGGAGAUGUGUGACAAAGAGAAUCAAGGUGUCCAGACAUACAUGACCCCGUCAAGCAUGCAGUACACCUUUGGAGACCUGUUCGGGGCUGGCACAGAGACAACCUCUACAACGCUGCGGUGGGCGUUGCUCUUCAUGGUCGGCUACCCUGAAAUCCAGUCGCAGGUUCAGAAAGAGAUUGACAGCGUGGUUGGACGUAACAGGCUACCCAGGCUUUCAGAUAAGUCUGAACUUGCCUACGUAGAAGCCGUCCUCAGUGAAGUUCAACGUAUGGGUGACAUUGUGUCUCUGGGGGUGCCUCACAAGUGCAUUGAAGACACAACACUGCGAGGAUAUCACAUCCCCAAGGGCUCUCUCAUCGUUGCCAAUAUGUGGAGCGUUCACCACGACCCAGUCGAGUGGCCCAAUCCCAGCGAGUUUAGACCAGAGCGAUUCCUGGAUGACGAGGGCAAGCUGGUUAGGCGUGAUAAACUCAUCCCUUUUGGAAUAGGUCGCCGUGUGUGUCUGGGGGAGCACCUUGCUCGGAUGGAACUCUACAUUAUGUUCACCUGCCUUGCGCACCAGUUUCACUUCCAAACACCAGAGGGCGCUGGGCUCGUCUCGUUCGAGGCGCUUCAAGGCAUAACGCACGCCCCGGCACCAUUCGAAAUCUGCGCAAUCCCGCGAGAUAAUUAGCAAUGCAUAGCUGCCUAUCAACUUAAUCGUUUUUUCAAGAAUUCAUACCAUAUUUGGAGUGCAUAAUAUUUACUGGUAGUCUCUUAACUCACAAAAAGGAGAAAAGGGAUGAAGGCAUGAAAUCAAGGGAAGAAAUCUGAGAAUUGUGUACCUUCACAGUGCUCCCCGUACAUGAACAGAUUUAAUGAGAAACUUAACACGAAUUCAAUGAGACUUUAAUUCAUGAUAGGAAAUCUUUCCUGUCAAAUUACUGUGACUUUCCACUUCCACCGAUAAAGUAAAAUGAACAGACUUCAGCAUUUGGUCUUAAUGCAAAUGAAAAUUUCCAUUUUCAUGAGUCAAAGGAUGAUGUGAUCCAAGGUAGACUGGUAGCGUCGCCAUAUGGCGGACACAAUGUGUUUGCUAAAUAAUUAUGUACCCAUUUCAAAUACAGCACUGAUGCCUGUCUCCCCUUACUUCGAAAAGACUUAUAGCUCUGUUUGUAGUUUACACAUAACACUCUUUUCCACUUUUUGAUAGAAAGGUCCUGAAUUUAUUUGUUUAUCGUGUUACGCAGCUUGUUUGAACUAUACACGGGCAAUUCUUCAAUGCUUCAUUGGUAGGUAAUUUUAAAAGAGUUUUCCGGUAGUUUUCGUAUGCGAUUUGAAAAAGUUUGCCUGUAUGGCAAAAGCAAUUUAGCGCCUUUAAUAAUGAUUAAUGAAAGGCUUUUGUAAGAAAUAGAAAACUACCACCUUCUUGUAACUUCCAUUGAAAAGAAGUAUGUAGACCUCGUAGUAAUGCAAAUAGUACUUUGUAUGAAGAGAAGUUGAGCUGAAUGUCCACUGUAAUGUUGCCAUGAAUAUCCCUUUAAACUGCCAUUAGCAUGUAGUGCAUUUAGUACAAAUUGUGUCCUGGAACGGAGGAUAAAAUUUAGUUUUUUGAUAUAGAAAGGGAAAUGUUUCAGGCUAAAAUCGCCAAACCUUAGUCCCUAAAAUUCCCUUUCACUUUCAGUUUGGCAGGAUUUCAAAUUCAAAGAUUAGAAUUAAUUAUUUAAUAAUUAAUUAUUAUUAAUUAAAAAUUUCGCGGUACAUCCUGCUUCCGAUCCGCCCUUUCAACUCUCGACAAACAAUUAUUAUCGAUAUAAUCGACAGAGAGAUAAUGCUUGAAAUCUAAGUGAAUUUAGAGCAAAGAUACAUUGCGUAGUGAGAAAUUACUACUACUGGCCAGAUUUGCAGUGAACAAUAAUUCAAUUUACGAUUAUCAAAUAUCCAGAUGUUUUGCUCUGAUUUAGAAGCAAAUAAUAGCGGACUUGAGCU